GCUGCGGCUGGGGGGGGAACCCGGGCUGAGGAGGCGGCUGCGGGAAGUGGGCUGCGGCGAGCCCGCGGCGUCGGGCGGUGCGGAUGUCGGGCUGGGCGGACGAGCGCGGCGGCGAGGGCGACGGGCGCAUCUACGUGGGCAACCUUCCGACCGACGUGCGUGAGAAGGACCUCGAGGAUCUGUUUUACAAGUACGGCCGCAUCCGCGAGAUCGAGCUCAAGAACCGGCACGGCCUCGUGCCCUUCGCCUUCGUGCGCUUCGAGGACCCGCGAGAUGCUGAGGAUGCAAUCUAUGGAAGAAAUGGUUACGAUUAUGGCCAGUGUCGACUCCGUGUGGAAUUCCCCAGGACUUACGGAGGACGGGGUGGGUGGCCCCGUGGUGCGAGGAAUGGGCCUCCUACAAGACGGUCAGAUUUCCGAGUUCUUGUUUCAGGACUUCCUCCAUCAGGCAGCUGGCAGGACCUGAAAGAUCACAUGCGCGAAGCUGGGGAUGUCUGUUAUGCAGAUGUACAGAAGGACGGAAUGGGGAUGGUUGAAUAUUUGAGAAAAGAGGACAUGGAAUAUGCUCUGCGUAAACUGGAUGACACCAAGUUCCGCUCUCACGAGGGUGAGACUUCCUACAUCCGAGUGUAUCCUGAGAGGAGCACCAGCUAUGGCUACUCACGCUCGCGCUCUGGGUCCAGGGGCCGUGACUCUCCAUACCAAAGCCGGGGCUCUCCGCACUACUUCUCUCCUUUCAGGCCCUACUGAGGAGGGGAGGGUCUCUUCAGUUUUUAGAUGGGCUGAGCUGCUCUGUGCUCAGAAUCUACAUUCCAGAUUGGUAAUUUAGUGUCUUAGGAAAUUUUGUAAUUUCUUUCCUUUCCUUUUUUUUUUUUUCUUUUUUAAGGAACUACAUAAUUUUGACUAGAGCCACCGUACUUGCAGUGACAUGUUUUAGACUGCAGAGAGAGAGAUUGUGGCUUUGGUCCAGGAACAAGUUGUAUAUUUUUUCACCCCUGAUUAUGGGAUAGAAAUCAGUGCCGUGUCUUUAUGGGCUGCUCUGCUCCGGAGACCGGCAGCCACUGCGACCGAGUCGCCCAUUUUGUUUAGAAAUAUAUUUUAAAUGUUUAGUAA